CGCAUGUCCUCAAAACUUCCUUUAAUAUUAUACCUUAAAUGCAUACCCGUUCGAAUUUGGCUUCAGCUAUAAGGACGUGACCGGAACCCCGAAACCGGUUCUCAAGCUUGAAAAUUCUUGGAGGGCUUAAAACCCCGGCCACCUAGAGAUCAAGUAUCUCUAUCCAAGCUUAGCAACAACCUAUAAUAGCCGAUAGCAGAUAUCCCCGACGCUCACAAGACACAAUGUCGAAAUCCAAGGACAGCAGCUCCUCGGGGGGCUUUCACCAAGAGUACAUCGCAUCUCUUCGCUAUCGCAAUGACCUACCUCCGCCGGACAUGCCUCCGAAGUUCAUGGAGAUACCUCAUGAGGGCCUCCAACGAUUUUUGACCCCGGGUUUCACGGCCAAUCUGGCUCGUCGCGAGGAGCCCAACAUCGAUGUUGACGCCGAGGGUGGUAUGCCCCUCGACUUGGUCGGUAUUCCCGGCCUGCAUCUGGGCGAUGAGAGUGCGAUCAUGGCUCCCGAGAACCCCGAACCCCUUGACCCCGCCGAUCUCGCACUUCUCAUGACACCGGAACAGCUGAAGAACCCUGCCCCGAAAAACACCAACGUCAGUUUCCUCCGUCGCACACAAUACAUUUCUGCCGGGCUUCGUGCGCCGGACAGCCCCAAGGUCACGACAGUCAGAACAAAGUCGCGUUCCCUCGACAAAGGCCGGUCACAGGAUGACCCUAUCUAUAUCAAGAAGUACAUCCAGAAAGGGUUCGACAUCGCGUACCCCAAUAGCAAGCAUGUUGUCGAAGAUACGGCGAGCAGCAUCAAGGGUCACACUGCGACGAAGCUCGAACUCGAUGCAUGGGCUCAUCCAGUGCAUCCUGACAAUCCUAAAUUGAAGCCGGUCGGGUUCUUCCCUCUCCUUCCUGAUCUACAAGGAUUCCCUGAUCCAGGAGGCUUCGUUCAAUUCAAGUUCGAUAAAACACCCAUCCAGGAGAUAUCAAACAAGAGAGACAAGCGCAUGGAUGUGGCAAUUUUACAUCCGUCUGCACCAGAGGAGCGCAUAUGCGAGGAGCACGCGACCAAGGCCGCCCUGCACAAGUCAAAUCCUGAUUUGUAUCCUGACCCCGGUCCCAUUCCCUGGGACUACGAUCUGUUCUUACCCGAGAAGAAAGAGAUGGCCAAGAGCGUUUCUGCAAGUCUGCAGUUGACCAACCCGGACCGUAAUAGUGAAGAGCUGUACACUCAUGACGGGCCUGACGGUACCAAAUUUCACCGUUACGAUCGUGCUCGUACAUAUGCUACCAGCGCUCAAACCCUCGGUGAUAACCAGAAGCAGCGAGACAUAGCCGUCACGCUUUUUGAUCCUUCUGAGGUGCGAGGAGGCCAGCGAGAUAGCUUGUCUGCGAGACAGAUGGCCGCCUACUACUAUCCCAUUCUUGGAAAGACUCGCUUGAAGCCCGAGAGAGCCCGUACCAUUGCGCAGGCGGGUCUCGCUCCUACGCGGCCCAAGACGAAAGAAGACCAAGUUGAUCAGAUGCAAGUGGUCAUCCGCGAUCCAGAUGAGGCGGAGGCAUACAAGCGGGCCCAACACAGACUUGCCAUUGACCCGAAGUACUCGAAAAGUAUGCCUCCCGCCCCGGAAGAACCCGAGCCGGAAGCCACCAAGGAUGAGGACGAGUUCGAUGCAUCUGCUCAGCGCGACGCAAGCGUUGAGCGGGAGCCAACUCCUCACGAUGCAGAUGACGACGAUAUGAGCGACGAGUAAACCAGCCACCGCAUCGCUCUUGUCUACCGCCAUUCCUAUUCACGUGGGGCAGUGGUAUUCAUGCCUAUCAUGCCCUGCUCCUUUUACUACUGGGUGUGCAUUGCAUUUGUUUACAUACUCUCUCAUUCGUAUAAUACAAGUCUUUUCUUCAGCUUCUUCACCAAACAUUGCUGUCGUCCGCUACUUCAGAUGUUCCCAACAUGUACCAAGCAGAUGCAUGCACUCUGGACGGCUGAGACAGCCACGAAGUCAUGGCAGCAAAAGGACAGGCGUUCCAAGGCGGUAUGCGUGAUCUUGGAGUUCUGAAACAUAGCGAAAGUUCACUUCAGCUCGAUUGGGUUCCUUAUCUUGUGCUCAAAUCUGCACUCACCUGCAUUCCUCAACGCUAGACAUCUAGUAUCUAUUUGCGUUUCCAAGUUGGACGAUGCUGGCGGAUUGGACAAGCACACCUUGUAUUAUACCGUAAAUAUCUAUUUCU